AUGGCUAGCUUGAGGCAACAGUGGAACGGGCUGUAUCGACGUCAUUGCACAGCACAGCACAAAAUAUUUAUGCUACGAUGUACUAACCUGACCCAUCUCACCUCCGAGCGCAAUAUCAACACCCCUCCCAAACAUCCCACCGCAGCCAUGACCUCCUCAACGCCUACUUCGACAGCUACAACGCCCAUAAUCACCAAGGAAACACGCUGA